AUGUCCUCAUCACGACCAGAGGAGAGGGUAGCUAUAGAGAGAUGCAUCCGUUCUUUCAUAAUCAAGUCCAUUCAGGCCAUCGUACAGGCUCGCAGUGGAACUGCCUACGCUACAGCUUGUAUUUCCGACGUGGGAGCUCGAAAUAAUCUCAUGGUAUACCUUGAGGAGGACCCAGAGAUUGGCGCCACGAUAAAGCAGAACCUUGACUCCGGAUUCCCCAUCAAGAUGGGUGACACCUUCAGUUUGGAGAUUCUCAUGAGCAACGGAGCGGGUCGACUGGUGGUACUAGAGGUUUGGCAGUUUCGAUUAGACACUGAGGAUAACCUUCUUCAACGCGCACACCUACCCUGCUCCAAAGUCGUAGCCAACCACUCUGGCCUCCAGCCCCCUAUAUACUUUCCCACAGUCACCAGUCCCACCGUUUCCAGUUCUGCUACUGGUGUUUCUGACGCCACUAUCGUAGCACCUCAGUGCUUCGCGGUGGAAGAUUUUAGGCGUUCCCGCCUCUUCGAGCGCCUCGCUAGCCUGCUGAAGAGUCUCCUUGUUACCACUCGAAUGCUUCCAGCUUACACUUAUUCGCGCAAGCAGCAACACGAGAUGUGCUACACACUGCGUAGAGGCGAGGUGUCCUUCGAUCGAUUGGGUCAGGGAAAUGUCAUCUGUCGUCAGGUGGGACACCUCUUUCCCGGGAUCGCGGUUGGACCCAACUCCACUCACCUCUUUCUCAACGUUUCAGUUCACUAUCGUGAAAAUCUGAGCGAUAUUGACUCAGAAGAAGCUCCCCAACAUCUACUGCAAUCUCAACCGCAUCGACCUCGAUCCCGAAGGCCAUACAUUAGACUUGCAUUUGCUCCUACGCCAGAGGAUGACGAUGAUUAUUUGGAAGAGGAAGAAGAGGAAGACGAAGAAGAAAGUGAAGGUAACUUCACCUAUCGAAUCGGGAAGGAGGGCCUACCGCCCGGUGAAGGGGAAGCCAUCUACGAUGACACCACAGGUCGUUGUUACUACUGUUACCAUGACGAGGCUGAGAACGGUGAAGCAGAGGUGACAGUUGAGGAUGAAUCUGGACAUGCAGAAGAUGAGGGGGAAACGAUGUCGAGUACUUUUGUCUCGGGUGAAGCCGAUCGUGAAGUUGGUGGCGCCACCGAUGGCGGCGAACGUGCACCUGGUCGAAUGCCCCUCCAUCUGCCCUUCAGCACAGUGGACCUAGAUGGUGGUACAGGCGGCGGUUGCGCGCGCAUGGCCCAUUUGGUAACAGAGCUACGAACUAAGACUGAUCUGGAUCUAUUCCGAGUGCCCGGUGCCUCUGCCAACCCAGCCUCCUCCUCUGCCACCGCCUCCGUGUUUGAUGCAAACGCUCUGGGCGACGAACUAGCACAGCACGAGCAAAAGCUACGCGAGUUCGAUGAUUUCUUGGCAGACUUCACUUUGGCUGUGCCAAAUGUCGGAGUAACUCAUCACUAA